GGUGUGGGGAGGAACUGGCUUCCGGCGCAGAGAGGCAGGAGGCUCACUUGUCCCAGGAUUAAGCAGGAUCUGAAGAGAUUACAGCUCUCUCCCUCGCUCCCUCUCUUGUUCACUGUAGAUUGAUGGAAGCACAGCCAACGACCAGUCUCCCGGGAAUCAUUUUCCAACACUUCCCUGCAUCGGGACCAGCGGGAGGAAACUGGGAUAUAAGAGCAGCGCAAGGCCGGCAUUUUGGUGGUGCAGGUCAAAGGUCGUCAUGAGACAGGCGGUGGAGGCUCAGGUGUUAAGCCCCCACUUUGAACUGGGAGAACAUGGCUUGCAUCAGAUCUUGACAGAUGUGGUGGAGGAUGUAAAGCAGUCUAUAAACCAGGACAUAGAUGGAGCAGAGAUUCUCCACGGUCUGCUCAACGCACCGUGGCUGCAGUCGCUGCUGAAGAUUUUCGAGUGUCUUCAAAAAUACCGUAGAGAUUCUCCAGCUCCUGUGUUGGAAUAUGCGUCUGGACUGUCACUUCAGCUGCUGAUCGAAAUCAAAUCUUUGCCAGGCUGCUCUGAGGAUGCCAAAGAGCUCUACCGACUUCUGCGGCAGCCGCACCUGCAGGCGUUACUCUCAGCUCAUGACACGGUGGCCCAGAAGGACUACGACCCAGUGUUGCCGCCGGUGCCUGAUGACGUGCCAGACGACGAAGAGGCAACCCGGAUUGUCUGCCUUGUCAAAAACAAGCAACCAUUGGGGGCAACGAUCAAAAGAAACGACAACACUGGGGAGAUCUUUGUGGCUCGGGUGAUCCACGGAGGGCUGGCGGAUCGAAGCGGUCUGCUCCACGGUGGUGACCGCAUCAUCGAAGUUAAUGGUUUUGUCGUGGAUGGAAUGGAACCUGAGCAAGUUAUUCAGGUGGUGCAGGCGCGGUCCCAGGGCACCAUCAUGUUUAAGGUUGUUCCGAUUACCGAGCGACCUGUCCACAACCACACCAUGGUGUAUGUGCGCACCAUGACGGACUACAACCCGCAGCAGGAUCCUAACAUCCCUUGUGUGGAUGCCGGGAUGAGUUUCAGGAAGGGUGACAUCCUGGAGAUCGUGGAUCAGACUGACGCUCUCUGGUGGCAGGCCAAGAAACUCCCCAGUGACUCCGCCUGUGCUGGACUGGUUCCCUCCAACAACAUGCUGUCACGGAAGCAGAGGGAGUCCUGGUGGUCCCAGCCUUACCUGCCUCAUGUCUGCAUGCAGACCUUGAGCACUGUAGAGGAAGAGGAAGAUUUGAUGGCCAUUGAUGACAAAUGCGUUGAAGCUGAUGAGGAGACAUUUGAAUCGGAGGAGCUCAAAGAAGAGGAUGAUUUCUCCAGCGGCAGAGGUGGAGUCUAUUUACCUGGCUUCAGGCGCAGCAUCCGUUUAUGUCGCCGGCGGCUCCCUGGGCUCUUCCACCAGUCCUGCCACACACGCUGCCCAAACAGCUGCUUGAACGCCCUCAACAGCCCCUAUGAGGAGGUGGUGCGCUACCAGCGACAACCGAAGGAUCCACACCGACUCAUCGCCCUUGUUGGUCCGUCUGGUGUGGGUGUCAACGAACUUCGCAGGCGCUUGAUUGAAGUUAAUCCAAGCUUCUUCCAAGGAGCUGUGCCACACACCACCAGGUCUCCCAAAGGAUACGAGGAGUUCGGCAGAGAGUAUCACUUCACCAGCAGAGAAAUCUUUGACAGCAUGGUGUCGAGCAACAGGUUCCUGGAACAUGGGCAGUACAAGGGGAGUCACUACGGCACCAGUGUGGAGUCUGUCAAAGCAGUGCUGAAUGCUGGCAAGCUCUGCAUCAUCGACAUUGAGCCGCAUUCCAUCCAGGCCGUGAGAAGCCACGACCUGAAGGCUUACAUCAUCUACGUGAAGCCGCCAUCUUUGGAGAGACUCAGGGAGACGAGACGCAACUCGGUCAUCACAACCAACUACUACAUCAACCGGCCAUUCAAAGACGAGGAUUUCCAGGAGAUGGAAGAAGCAGCCCAUAAAAUGGAGUCCAACUUCUACCAGUUUUUUGAUCACGUGAUCGUCAACGAUGAGCUGCAGAACUCUUGCGCGCAGCUGCUGGCUGCUGUGAGAAAAGCUCAGGAUGAGCCCCAGUGGGUCCCUGCCAGCUGGAUCAGACCUGCCACCGAUACAUAAAGAGAAGAUGAUAUGACUAGUGAUGGCAGUACGUUGGCACAUACUCACCCACUUUCCUGCGGGAUUUGUCGAUAUGGUUUGUGUCUCAUAAAUUCACGAGCCGAGCUGAGCAUGAUCCAGAUGUGGGCAGUCUGCUGCUCGAAUGUGCUGGAUCUGGUUCUUUAGUUAAGUCCUCGGCCAGGAUGAAGAUCUACAUUUGUUUAAGUGCGAUGUGUCGGGAUGUGAGGGUUUCUAUCCUCAUUCAUUCAGCAACAUCGCCCAAAGUAGUACCUCCACUAUGACCCAGUUUGGUUUCAGUAGUGCUUCUCACUAGAUGAGUGUGGACCAGGUGUGUAUUUAUCAACAUUGCAGCGACCCAUUUCAACGCCUGAACAAACCCAGCCUGGAUUUGAUUUUUGUCAUUGUGCUACCUACCUUACUGAAUAAGAUGCAGCCAAUACGAGCCAUGACAUCAGAGACUAUAACCCAAUGCUUUUUAUGCCAAACACGAUGUACAAUAAAACAUUUUUGAGGGAAUAAAUCGUCCAUUCGUGU